AUGGGUGCUGCACGAUCACCGCCCCCACCUGACCUGGAUCCGCCUCUCUCCUCAGAUACCUCUUCCUAUACCCACCGUUCCUCUGCCAAGCGAAAGUCCUCUUCCUCUUCUACUUCCAGAACUGCUGCUGCAGCAGAGGAAGACUACUACCACUACAACAAAAACAACAACAACAACAACACCAACGACCACGACCACGACGCCUCCUCUAGCCGCGACAGGAAAAAGAAAAAAAAGAACAAAAAGGAACGCCGUAGCGACUAUUACGACUACGACAACAGCAAUAGCAACGAUCAUGAUCAGGAUCGGUACCAUGACUAUGGCCAACAUGAAGCUGCCACGCCCCCUCCACCGCCACAAUCAGCAUCAUCAUCACGGCCCGUUAUCAAGUUGCCGCCUCUCAAGAUCUCGCUGAAGCUAUCUUCAAUCGCGCCGCCAUCCUCCUCGGUCUCCUCUAGUCACAAGUCCAGCAGUUCGUCAAAAAAGAAGCGACGUUCCUCGGAGCAGAUCAAUAUCGUGUCAGACGACGAAGACGAUAUUAAUAGCAACGACUACGACAACGAUGAGCAAGAGGCCAACUACUCAUACCGCCGGAGGCAAUCAUCUGUUGACCUGGGCGAGGACCAGGACAUGGACGCCCCACAGUCGUCGUCCCAUAAAAAGAAGAAAAAGCACAAGCACAAGCACCGACACCGACACCCCAAGCACGAGGACCAGGACGUCGAAGAGUCACACCAACACCGACCGCAGCAGCACUACGAGCAGGAGCCAGCGGAAGUAGGAAAUCGAGAAGAAAUGGAGGAUAAGGAUGUAGGUGGAUAUGACACGCCCAGGAUCACAAUGCGGCCAGGCAAAGAGAAGAAGAAGAAGAGCCGGAGAUCUUCAUCCCACCGAUCACACCCCAGUCACCCUUCGGACGAAGCCGAGCACCAUUAUCAGCAGCCUACCCUUCCACCACCACAACAGUCCAAAGCACGGUCCCGGUCUCGAUCCAUCAGUCAGAGUAAUGGGGACGUAUCGCUCAUCAAGCAGGAGGAACCUCCGGUUCAGCCUACCUACCAGGAACCUGUACCAGCACACCCGCAUUCUCAACUUGGGAUGAAGAAGCCUCGAUCGGCUUUGCAGAGCAUGGUGACGCAGGAGACAGCGGUAUCGCAGGACGAGGAUGAGGACCUGGACGACCCCUUGGCAGGCGAGCUUGAUGAGCCAGAGGACGAUGAUGACGAUGAGGAAGAAGAUGAGGAGGAAGAAGGAGACGAGUCGGACAAUGGCGAGUUGACUUCGCCUAUUCUGGACCCAGGAACCAACGCGCAGUUUGGAUCAAAGACGGUCAGGGCUGGUCAAAUGGGCUCCAAGACUCUUCCACCAUCUGCAACGGCAUCCAACUCCAAAAAGGCACGCAAGCCUUCUGUUGCCAAGGAGGCCAAGGAGGGCAAGGACACUGCAGAGUCAACACCUCGCGAAGGAUCCGUCCCAGAAUCAACCAGAGGUGGCAGGAAGGGCAAGGGAUCCAAGCGGCACUUGACCCCCAGGACGACAACACCCGCCAUCCCGAAGAAGAAGGAGCUCUCCGUUGUCUGCCACAAGUUACUGGACAACUUUAUCAAGCGAGAUUCGUACGUCUUGUUCAGUCAGCCUGUGGAUCCUACUGUGGUGCUGGAUUAUGCAACCAUCAUCAAGAACCCCAUGGACUUUUCAACCAUGCGGUCAAAGGUGGAGCGCAACUUUUACCCUACGAUCGACGAGUUCCUGUCUGACUUUCAGCUUGUUUGCGACAAUGCGCGACUGUACAACGCCAAGGAGACGCUUUACUGGAGACAGGCAGACAAGCUUUGGGAUUGGGGGUCUCGUGCGAUUGAACGCGAGCGCAAGACUAUUCUGGAUCGGGACGAAGAGGUCCUGCGGACUGUGAAGGAUGAGGAGACGCUUGACGUUGGGGGCAUGGGCGACUACAGCGGUAAUAACGGUAAUGGCGGCGGGGGUGGAACUGCGAACGGGCUGCCGAACCGUGGAUCGUUUAUGAGUGUGGAGUCAGCAGUUGAUUCGCCGAUGUCGAUCGCAGACUCUGGUCGAUCACACACGCCACAGCAGUACAGAAAGACAAAGAAAAUCAAACACCGCAGAGACGGAACCAUCGCCUUCACCUACUCCUCCGACGGAUCCAUCGACCCAGCAUCUCAUCCCGAUCCAUGGUCCCUCAUCCCCGUCCAACCAGAAUUUGGUUCGCCGCCUUCCCUACGCCCGCUCCUCGAUACCAUCUCCUCCUCCUACAACGGCCAAUAUCUCGACGACUACCCCUACUGGAAACCACCCACCACUGGCUCUCGUCCAGCAGGCUAUCUCGACUAUGGGCCCUAUGCCAUCAUGGACAAAUCUCCCGUCGAGACCGAUGGAUCCUCCAGUGUCAGCCUCCCAGUCUUUACAGGAAUGGUCUUUGGAGACGACACUGGCGAGGCUUAUGUCAGAAGUCUUGCCAUGUUCAUGGAAGGUAUCGUCGACGUCAACGAAAUCUCGCAGAUGACGGAAUCCGAUGCCGCGGGUCUCUUGCAGGUCAAGGAGCACAUCCGCAAGAAGGUCGAGAAACUGACCCGGGGAGCCAGCACGAUUGCAGACAAGGUGGCAGCCAUUGUGUUGGAGGAGAAGACGGGUCAACCUUCGGACGUAGACACUCGUGUUCCUAAGGCACUCUGGCAGCAGGAUUUCGAUACUGAAAUGGACGAUGCAACUGAAGCCACUACAACCACAGCCCCAUUCGAGGAGAAGGUCGGACUGAACAAGGACAUUUCCAAGGAGCCAGAGGAUGCGGUCAUGGAAGAUGCGAUUGUUCCAUCAGAAGGAAGAGAAGCAGAAGACACAGUCGCUGCAACCGCCACUGAUGCCGAGUUCAAGGAUGCUGAAGUCAAGACCGAGGAGAAGUCUGGCUUGCAGCAACCUGUCAAAGACCAGAGAGGUGAGGAGAAACGGGGUGUACGCAUGACGUCGAUCCAGGCGGAGCCAGAGAUGAUCGACAUUCGACAGGUCGUGCGUGACAUCAAGGCGUGGCCUCAGGCGCAGAAGGUCAAGGCCGAUUAUGAAAGCUGGAGACAGUUGAAGAUCGAGCUUGACAGUCUUUUGCCAUUGGCUCCAGCGGACGAGAAAGUCAAGAUCGAGUGGGGCCAAAGCUGGACGGGCGGAGAUUCAGAGGAGAGCAAGAGGUGGGUCCGAGAGUCUCUCGAGAAGAACUCAGCCGAGAUGCGGAAGGUGGUUGAGCUGGUUGCAGCCAAGACUGCUGAGGACCAAGCAGCCAAGACACUCACAGACGCUACCAUAGAGGGCACGACCGCCGAAGACAAGCGCAAGGCUGUCAAGGACAAGGAUGUGGAGGUGGUCACAUUAUCUGAUGAUGACAAGGCCCUCGUGCUGCGACUGACCAAGAGCAUCCGCGAGCGACUUGCAGAGAUGGCCAAGUAUGUCCCCCUCUCCGAGAUCAAUCCCCAGAAACUCCCACCACCACACGCCCCUCCUGUACCCACACCUGCACCUGUCACGCCUACACCUGCCGCUGCCGUGCCUGUUGCUGUUACACCUGCCGCACCUGCAUCAGUUGCUGCUACAGCUGCUCCCGCCACGCCUGCUGUGACCACACCUGCAGCUGCCUCAUCGUCCCUUGCCCCGACUGCCUCUCCAGUUAUCACUGCAUCUAGUUCAGCAGUCACUGCCCUUGCCACCUCACAGGACGCUUCUGUUACAGCCGCUGCACCCACUGCACCCAUUAUACCUACUGCAGUAGCAGCUCCUGCGGCGGUCACACUUGCUUCUACUCUGUCCACACCAGCACCAACAACAGCAACAACAACAACAGCACAAGCAAUGGAGGCGCCCAAACCAGCACCAACGCCCACACCCGUGCCCACAUCCGUUGCUAUGCCAGCACUGACAUCCCCAGCGGUGACUGAGGAGAAAGCACCCUCGAGCUCGACGGCGGCAUUGACAGCGACUACUGUGGCGCCACUGAACGCCCCCACGGCCCAAUCCUCAGCAACUUCAUCAGCGCCAAACGCCGAGUCCACUGCAGCGACACCAGCCCCUGGACCAGAGGCAUUGUCGGAAUCAAAGCCAGCAGUAGCAGUAGCUGCUCCCGUACUAGCUGCUCCGUCUGAGAGGGAAGGAUCUGCGUCUUCACUUUCGUCGCCCGGAUCAUCACCGUAG